AUGCCCUCCGACAACAACUCCAACCCACCACACACGCCCCCCGAGCUCCCCUCGGGCCUCAACAUCGUGCACUCCAGCCCCCCCGGCACGCCCAAGAUGAAGGACGGCCCCGAGCCCGCGCCGCUCACACGUGCAGAGCUGCUCGACUCUGCGCAAAAGUUCCUCGAGAGCGCGCCCAUCAUGAAUGCGCCGCUGCGGGAGAAGCUCGAGUUCCUCAAGACCAAGGGGCUGACGAGGGACGAGAUGGAGGCGCUGCUGGAGAAGCUGGCGGAGAAGGAGGCGGGGAAGGGGGUGGUGGUUGUGGGCGGGAAGAAGGAGGAGGAGGAGAGGAAGGAGAAGGAGAAGGAGGGGGGGAAGGCGGAUAAGGGGAAAGGGAAGGAGCUUGUGAAGGCCUCCUCCAGCACCUCGACCUCGACCUCCACCUCCACCGCCGUCGUCCCCACCAAGCCCGCCCCACCACCACCACCACCGCCAGCAGCACCCCGCCCCCGUCGCCCCCAUCGUCACCUACCCCGAAUUCCUCACCCCCGCCCCCCCGCGCCCCCCGCUCCCCUCAUGACCGCCAAAACACUCGGCAAAUCCCUCUACUUCGCGACCGGCGCCGCCGCCACCAUCUACGGCGCCAACAAGUUCGUCCUCACCCCCAUGUACGACGCCCUGACCUCCGCGCGCCUCGACCUCGCCAGCACCGCGCUCACAAACCUCGCAACGCUCAACACACGCCUCACCGAGCUGCUCCCCGAGGGCGCGACUAUCAAGCCGCGCCGCGCCGACAGCGACUCGGACAGCGACACCAGCGACCCCGGCGAGCUCUUCCACGUCGAUGCGAGCACGCAGACGAGCGCGGACCUUGGCGCGGACCUGGCGGACGGCGCGGAGCUCUCGCCGGAUGGGAAGUUGGAGAGGUUGGGGGCGCAGCUGCAGACGCUCGUGGAGAGCCAUAGUGAUGGGACGGAUAACGAGCUGACGUUUGCGCUGGAGGAUCUCACGAGCUAUCUCGAGACGCUGACGUAUGAGUGGCCCGGGACGAAUAUUUAUACGAGCCCGUAUGGAGGGUAUGGUGGCGGUGCGGGCGGGAAGGAGAAGGAUAAGGAUGAUCCGGUGGCGAAGGUGAAGGCGGAGAUUAGGAGUGUGAAGGGGGUGUUGUUGAAUAGUAAGAAUUUUCCGGCGUCGAGGUAG